AUGAAGAGGCCUUCGAUCGCAGCCAAUGAAUAUGCAUUACUUAAGACACUUAAUUCAUACACACCCAGGUUUCAGAUCAAGGUCCGUGUAGUCGACAAAACACCCCUCACUACCUUUCAAAACAAGCGUACUAAUAAACCAGGAUCCGUGUUCAGCUGCACUAUCGUUGACUCGGAAGGCACCCAAAUGAAUUGCAAGUUCUGGAAUUCAGCUGCCGACAAAUGCUUCGAACCUCUGCAAAAAGGACAUGUGUAUGUGAUGAGUAAAGGGAAGAUCGUGGUAGCCAACAAGCGGUUUUCGAAUGGUAUUGAGCACAACUACGAGCUGAGUUUCGACACGUCGGAGUGUGAAUUGAAUGAGGCUGAGAAUGAGGAAAGUAUUCCGACGGAGCGGAAUAUCGUGUAUACGAAUCUUCGAUCGAUUGAGCUGAGUACCAAAAGACUUCCCUUCAUUUGUAACUUAGUAGCAAUAGUGCACGAGAUGCAACCAGUCCGGUCGGUGCAGGUUCGGACAGGCGAGACAACGGACGUGCGAACGAUCCAGGUCGUGGACACCACUCAGUACCAAAUGGAAAUUUCGGUGUGGGGGCAUUUGGCUUCGGAUACGGUGUGCGAGGUCGGCGACGUAAUCGCCGUUUCUGGCCUACAGGUAAAGGAAAGCAAACCACGGGGCCCCAACGCCUCCGAGGCCAGCAGCCUGGGCAAACAAGCGUCGACGGUCAGGUCAUCAGAAAUCACAGUCAACCAGCACCCCGACACCGACCAACUGCGGCAGUGGUACUUGCAACACGCCAGCGCCACCGACUUCACACACAUCUCCUUCCCUAUGACCGGCCGCCAGGGCUUCGGCAGCAACACUCUGGAGACAGACCUACAGGGCAUGCACUCCCGGAUAGCCGAAGGCCUCCCCGACGAAGGACUCAUAUUCAAAAUACACGCGUUCAUAUCCAACGUGAUGUACAGAAACCCGCGCGAAGACCAAAAACUCAACCUCAUCUACCUCGCCUGCAUCCAAUGCAACAAAAAAAUAUCCGACGCCGGUGCCUGCCCAAGCUGCCAAGGCACCCAGUCCACUCCCAAAAUGAGUCUCAGCGUCGCGCUCUCAGACGAAUCAGCCUCCAACGUCAACGUACGCGUCUUCUCCGAUGUCGCGCAAGUACUCCUAGGCAAAAUGCCCCAACAAAUGAAAGAAAUGAUCGAUGAAGGCAACCAAGACAUGAACAUCAAGGAAAUCUGCGAAUAUGCACCCAUCUGGAAACGUUACACCUUCAUCAUACGCGCCAGAAAAGACCUCUACAACAACCAACUCAGGGUCAACCUCUCCGUCGGCUCUGCCACCCCCUACGUACCUAACGCUUUCGCGGCCAACGCUAUGAAAACCAUCAACGAAUUCAUGCCUGACAUUUUCGAAGACUUGUCCAACAAAAGGACUAUCUACUCAGAAAACCAACCUGAACAAAACAAGAGAAUCAAAAUAGAUAGCUAG